GACAUUAAAAACAUACAGUAUACCACUGUUUAUUAUAAGUAGCAUUUUAAUUCGUACGUUUCAGUGGCACCUUGCUCUGCAACCAGUCGACUAUCGAUUGUUCAUCACUUGGCCACCGCCGCCGUAACAAGCCAAAUCCAAUCAGUUAUCAUCAAAAGUAAGAUGGAUAAGCUCUCGAAUUCCUUUUCAUUGCUUGAGCUGGACGCCGAAGAUGCUAAGGAACACAAUCUAACUGCCACCAUCGCCGCUGAUGGUUGUGAAACGAGAGAUAGUGGGAAGGGAGUAGACAAUGGCUUGGAAGAUGGAACACUGUUGGAAAAAGAGAGUGUGGAUCAACAAAGCUCAGAAAGUAUUGUGGGAGAUUACAAGAUGCCACUCGUGUGGAUUGACCUGGAAAUGACUGGUUUAAACAUUGAAGUUGAUAGGAUCCUGGAGAUUGCUUGCAUUAUUACAAAUGGAAACUUGACCAAGUCCGUUGAGGGUCCAGAUUUGGUUAUUCAUCAAUCAAAGGAGUGUCUUGAUAAAAUGGGAGAAUGGUGCCAAGAGCACCAUGGAGAGAGUGGUUUGACCGAGAGGGUCCUUCAAAGUACAAUAAGCGAACAUGAAGCUGAAAAUCAGGUUAUUGAAUUUGUGAAGAGACACACCGGCACAGCAUAUACACCUCUGCUUGCUGGAAAUUCUGUCUACAUGGAUCUUAUAUUCUUAAGGAAAUACAUGCCAGAUUUGGCUGCCCUUUUCUCUCACAAUCUUGUUGAUGUCAGCAGUAUCAAGGCAUUAUGUCUUCGAUGGUACCCAAGAGACCGUAGAAAGGCUCCUCAAAAGGAAAAUAAACACAGAGCAAUGGAUGACAUCAAGGAAAGCAUAGCAGAACUUAAAUUCUACAAGGAGAAUAUAUUCAAACCGAAGAAGUCGAGGAAAUGAGGGAGACUACUAGAUAAGGAUUAGCUACUAAAGCUCAAUGAUUAUACAAGAGAAAAUCCGCACUCUUUAUGGGACCGGGUAUUGCAUUGUUAUGUACAAAAGUGGUUUGGCUCGACAUAGGAAAUCCAGACUCGUAACUUUUCUGCUUUAUCUUGUAUUCUACAACUGUAAUAUCAGUUUGAGACCUCUUGUGGUGUUAUUUUGGAUGAUAGAUCAGUGUUAUUUUA